GCAGGUACUUAGAAACAUGUUGGAGUAAAUAAAGCAGGGUCACAUGAGAGAGAAGGGACUGUGUUACCCAAGAUGGUCGUGGGAGGGAGUCUCAGGGAGCAGGUGACACUUGACCUGAAACUCCAGCCGUGAGAAGGUGACUUUUCCAGAGUGGGAAACGGUGCUCCUGGCACAGGGAGCCCCCGGCGUGCUCGGGGAGGCCUGCGGGAGGCAGGAGCAGCUUGGAGGGAAGCGAGCAGGAGGGGAGACUCCCAGGCCAGUGCGAGCCUUUAGGCUUUAUUUGGUUAGUGAGGGGAGUGUGGGCUUUGACCCCACAUCUUUGAGUGAUCACCCUGCUGCCACGUGGACUGUGAGCUGGGGCUGAGUGUAGGAACCAGUGAGCAGCUCAGUUGUACUGGCCUUGGUCGGCCUGGGGGUGCUGUCCACGUGGAGAGCAGCAGGCUGCAGGGGCUGUGGGGUGUUUGGAUUUUAGGGGCUAGAUGAUGAGUGAGGAGAUGGCAGCUGUGGGAGAAACAGUCCCUCAGUCCUGGGCCAGCCAGGCCAACUGGGAGAGUGGGAACCAGGCCCCAGGCCUCCCAUUCUCCCCCAGCCCUGGAGCCCAGCCCCCUGCCCCUUCCAUUUUCUAGCCAGGCUAGAACCUGCUCCCGGGGGAGGGGCGUUUGCCUGUUGCCAGGUGCCCAGGUUCCGGCCACACUAGCCACGGCCAUGCUGCCUGUGCUGCCCUCACUGUCCUUGCUGCUCCUGCUGGCGACGACUGCCCCCAGCUAUGCCUGGUCACGGCCCCUCUGGUACCAGGUGGGGCUGGACUUGCAGCCCUGGGGGUGCCAGCCAAACAGCAUGGAGGGCUGCGGGACCAGCCUGGACUGCCGUGGCUAUUGGAUGGACCUGGGAGCGAACCACGUCUACCCUGUGGCUGGGGUCACACUCACCACCACCAUGAUGAUGCUGAUGGUCAGCCGCAGGGUGCUGCAGCGGCGGCGCCUACAGGCCACCAAGGUUGAGCACCCGCAGGUGACCACUGAACCCUGUGGACCCUGGAAACAGCAGGCCCCAAUCUCGGACCGCACUAUACUGCUUGGAGUCCUGCACAUGCUGGAUGCCCUCCUGGUCCAUAUCGAGAGCCACCUACGGUGUCUAGCCAACCAGCAACAAAUCCAAAUAAAGGGGACUUCCACCCAGAAUGGGUGA